UGUAAAACUCUGAACGUAAUAAUCUUGAGGGGUAAGAGUAGGGAAUCUAAUUAGAAUUUGAUUUUCUAUGCUGUGACAAUACCUUACCUUUUUUUUUUUUUAAGAUUUUAUUUUUUUUAAGUAAUCUGUACAGGUAACACAGGGCUCAAACUUAAAACCCUGACAUGGGGAGUGGCACACUCCUACCAACUGAUCCAGCCAGGUGCUCUGAUACCUAAGCUUUUAAAUAAAUAAAAUGAUUCAUCUGUUUUGACAAAUGUAGAUCACUUCUCCAAAUUUCAGUCAUCUUAAUUGCUCUUAGAUACUCAAAAAAGAAACCACUACCACUAUAGAACCCAACAAAUGAUUUGAAAGUUACUUUUCGUAAAGAUACCGACUGUUGGAAACAUUUCCACACACACAAACUAACAAUGUUAAGGCUCUAGGUAUCUUUGUAUCCUAGAUCUCCCCCUUUAUAAAGGACAAAUGUAUAAAGUACAACUUAAAGAUUAUUAAUAUUUGCUUAAAGAGUGAAAUAACUGGUUAGUAAUAAGUGUUACAUAAAUAUUUUUUAUUAAGUGUUGCUGUGAGCCUGGUAAAUUGUUUUAGUUUUGGCCUUGAUAAGAACCAUCCUAGAGGCCAUUCUAUAACUGCCACGGGUACAGACUGUGGGCUGGACUUGCCUACAGACUUUGUAGCAUGAACUUCAGCUGGUAACUUGCCUGUAAUACAUAUUCUUUAGGUCUUUUGAAUAACCCGUAACGUUAUGUAACGGCCCUUUCGUGUUGGUGUGCCCCUGGGUUUUGUCUGUCGCCGGCAUUGCUAUCAUCCCCAGUCGGGUGUUCUUUUCAAACUUCGCAUUCGGCAAACAUUUGAGUAUUUACCUUCUGCCAACUAUUAGUCUGUGACUGAAUUGCCUAGUCUCUUGGGAGUGAUGUCAACAGAGGAUGAGUGAAUCAGAUCACAAGACCUUCUAGAGUGCCUGCGAAGUAGGGCAUCCAUACUGAAGUUGAGUAUGGUUUUCUCAUGCAGUUUUUAAGAGAAAUGGAAGAAUAUCAUCAGUCCAGAAAGAGCUGUGAUGUGGGAACUCAGACAAGUUCAACAUUUCCUAGCAAAGACUCUCUUGUGGAGAAGCUUCAGCUUAUUGAUGAUCAGUUUGCAGGUGCUUACCCUCAGCGUCCAAAGUUAGAAUCCUUAGAAGUAAAGUUAAAUGAAUAUAAGAGAGAAAUGGAACAGCAGCUUCGGGCAGAAAUGUGUCAAAAGUUAAAGUAUUUUAAAGAUACUGAAAUAGCAAAAAUUAAAAUGGAAGAGAAAAGAAAGUCUGAGAGGGAAUUGGCUGAGUUCCGGAACGAAUUGGAGAGAGCUUGUCAAGCAAAAUCUGACGCCCUUAUUUCUCGGGAAAAGUUGUCUCUUGAGAGAAUUCAGAAGCACCAAGAGAUUGAAACCAAGGAGAUUUAUGCUCAGAGACAACUUCUCCUCAAAGAUAUAGACAUGCUAAGAGGCAGAGAAGCAGAGCUGAAACAAAGAAUGGAAGCUUUUGAAUUGGCUCAGCGGCUACAAGAAGAAAAAAAUAAAAGCGCAACUGAUGCACUUAGUAAACGGGAGCUGAAUGUCCAGAGUAUUGAGGAGACCUAUGACCAAAAGAUCAAGAAUGAGCUUCUCAAAUAUCAACUUGAACUCAAGGACGACUAUAUUGCUAGAACUAACAGGCUGAUAGAAGAUGAAAGGAAGAAUAAAGAAAAAGCUAUACGUUUGCAAGAGGAGCUGAUGGCUAUUAAUUCAAAAAAGGAAGAACUCAGUCAUUGUAUAAAUCGUGUCAAAGAGCUUGAGCUUGAGUUAGAGUCGGUCAGAACCCAGUCUUUGGCAAUAAGCAAACAAAACCACCUGCUGAAUGAAAAGGUGAAAGAAAUGAGUGACUAUUCGCUACUGAAACAAGGAAAACUGGAGCUUCAGGCGCAAAAUAAAUUACUUAAACAACAGCUGGGAGAGACCAGAAAUGAGAACUUGCGCCUUCUAAACCACCUGGCUCAGCCUUCUCCAGAGCUGGUGGCUUUUCAGAAAGAACUAAAGAAAGCAGAGAACGCUAUCGUGUGUGAGCAUAAGGAGUUCGAGAUCCACAGGCAGAACCUGCAGAAGCAGCUGCAAAGUGAAAUUGAACGUUCUGCGCAGCUGAAGGCCCAGAUCCUCGAUUACGAAGAUUCCGUAAAGAGGUUAACGAGACAGGUGGCCGAUUUGAAAUUGCAACUGACACAAACCCAGGCGGCCCUAGAGAACGAGGUGUACCGCAACCCAAAGAAUUCUCUGCUCGAUCGGCCCAUCAGCGGAUUAAUGGGUGGCAACGUGGUGGUACCUCACAACGAUGUAAGCGGGGAUUUCUUGAAAAAUGCUUUCGGACUGGAAAGGCUGACGGCAGGCAUGCUUCUGUCAAGGAUCGCAAGUGACCCAAGUGCGAGCACCAGGAGUAGUUCCCCCGAUUCUGACCUGGAGUUUGUAACCAAGACCAAGACAAGGGUGAAAGAGCUAGAGGAAGAGGCCGAACUUUUGGAGAAAGCUUUCCGAACUUACCAUCCAAGAGUUCAUCCAUGCCCCACGGGAAGGUCUUCAGCAACCACGAGCUCGCCACCCCUGCACGCGACAGGAACACCCAAAAAGGCCACUUCCAGUUCCCCUGGAAGACCUACUUCCGUAGAGGACGCGGCUGUCCCUGAGCAGCCUCUGGCAGGCACACUCGAGGAGGACAGGAGCAGCGCUUCGGCUUCUGAGGCGCGGCCGCACAAGGGCACGCCCUCCAGACGCCUCUCCUCCACUCCCCUGCCAAAGGCCGAAAGCAGCCUCCUUGCUAAAGCGUAUCUGGAAGGUGAGCUGCCAAGAGGGUUGUGGGGUGCUCUGCAUUUGGAAGCUUCUGGUGCUCAGAGGGCCUCUGAGCUGAGGGAGAGUGCUGUCCAGGACGGCAGGAAGGAGCCAACAACCACAAGCUUUGCACUGGGUGAGCAGAAGCCACCCUCUGGGUCACUUACAGCCCCACUUGUCUGACCUCGUGCCCUGCUCUGUGUGACCUCAUGCCCUGUUCUAUGUGAUCUCAAGCCCCCCUGAGUGUGCCCAUGUGACCAACUCUGGGUGAUCUUGGUUCCUGUUCCAGGUGAUCUCUAACCCCAUUCCAUCUGAGCUGGUACCCCUCUCUAAGUGACCUCAAGUCUGCUCUGGGUGCAUUCAAGCUCUGUUGUUGGUGACCUCAAGCCCCACUCUAGUUCAGUAUAUCCCCACUUUGGGUGAGCUGGUGUUGAGCUCUGGAUGACAUAGUACCCAUCUCUAGGUGAGUUGGAGCCCUGCUCCAGUUGAGUUCUAGCCCUGCUCCCUGUGACUUCAAUUCCCACUCUGAGUGACUUCAUGCCCCGUUCCAGGUGACCUUGAACCCUGUUUCUGGUUAUUUCGUGCUUCACUCAGGGUAAGCUUGAGUCCUGUGACUAGAUGAACUUGAGCCCUGCUUCACUUGAGCUAGAGCCCUGCUCAGGUGAGCAUGUGUACCACUCUUGGUGAGAAUGAGAGUGGCAUCAGUGGGCAUGAGCGUUGCCUCAGAUGAGCUGGAACCCCCUUCUUUUUGAGCUUGUGCCCUGCUCCUGGUGAGCACUAGUCCUGCUCUGGGUGAGCUUGAACCCAGCUUUGGGUGAGCAUGUGCCUGGCUCUGGUUGAGCUGGAGCCCCUCUCCUCACCUUGAGCCUUGCUCCAGGUGACCUCAUGCUCUGCUUCUAGUGAGCUCAUGCCCCACUCUGGGUGACAUCAAGCCCUGCCCUUAUGAGCAUGAGCUCUGUUCCAGGUGAUCCUCCUCUUUCUGCCCCUUGCUUACUUGUGUCCUCUCUCUCUCUCUGAAAUAAAAUAAAAUGAAAUCUGUUUUGUACUGUCUUAAAAUAUACCUGUUUACAUUUUUUAAUUUAAAUUUUUGUUAUUUCUAAUUUAAAUUUAUUAUAUUCAGCUGUUGUAAUCUGUAAAUGUUGAUAUUUUAACAAAUGUACUGAAUUUCUGUUAACAUAAUGUGGGUAGUUUAUGUCAAUAUUCUAUUUGUGUUUGAAAAAACAAUGCAUAUAAUCUGAUUACAAGUUGUUGGGUUGCACAUAAUGCCCAUGAUAUAAAUAAUUUAUUUUCUUAUUGA